CAGCUUCCAGUGUGUACCAUAGAGGAACAACUCGCCGCCUCAGAGAGAGGGAUCCAGAGUGGAAAACACGACGCUGCAAUGGUGAAGGACGAGGACUUGUGCAAUCUCGUAUGUGAGGACGAGGACUUCAUCAGCCGCGUCAUCAUCCAGCCGCUGAGCAGCCAGGCAUCACGUGAUCCGAGUGGUGAUGACCCAUUUCCGAGGGAGCGGAAGGCUGUAGUUGCCGUGUUCUACCCGACGCUCUCUCACCAGGUCACACUCCAGUCCAAGCCCAACAUCGAGUAUUGGUUCAGCAAGCUCGGCGGGGACCUCGGCAUGUGCGUCGGCGCCUCCGUCAUCACCAUCAUCGAGGUCAUCUUGUUCCUGCUUUACCUCCUGCUUCUCCUGCUCAAAAAGCUCGCGCGCGGGAUCUCCUCGCUCCUGGCCAGCUGAAUCCGCUCGGGUCUGCGGAUGCGCUGGCUGGUCGCGCGGACUCUGACAGCUGAGGGUGUUUACGGACGCUGUGUGCGGCGGGUCUGUUUGUCUGUUGGU